ACAUACUAAACAAUUCCUUUCUCAAACAAUCUAAGAAUUUAAAUUCUUAGUAAGAAAUCGAAAAACAGAAUCAUAAUUUGUAAAAAAGUAAUAAAUACUAUUAACUUAAAAUGAAUAACUUAUUUUAACUACUUAAAAAUAUAUAAUUCUUCUUUUUUCUUUUAAAAAUGUGAUAAAGGCAAAGUUUCGUAUGUUACUUAAAAAUCGUUCACGAUUUUAUUUAGAAUCAGAAGUAUGGAGAAUUUCAUUUUAUACGAUGAAAUCGGCCAAAGUGAUGGAACAAUUAUAUAUAAGGGUCGUCGGAAACAUACGAUUAACUUUGUUGCAAUUCAUUGUGCUCAAAAAUCUAAGAGAGCAGAAAUUACAAAUUUAGUUAGAAUGUCACAUGAAAUACAACAUGACAAUGUGGUAAAAUUUUUUGAAUGGUACGAAACUAGUAAUCACUUAUGGCUGGUCGUAGAGCUAUGUACUAAUGGAACAUUCGAUGCCGUCCUUUCAAGAGAUUUUUCGCUCCCAGAAUCUUCAGUUCGAAAAUUUGGAGUUCACCUUGUUCGGGGACUUUAUCACUUGCAUUCUCUCCAUAUAAUAUUUUCAGAUCUUAGACCAUCUAGAAUAAUGGUCGAUGGUCCAGGGAUCUUAAAGUAUAAUGACUUUAGUUUAGCUAGAUUAGAGGGUGAAGACUUGGACGAACUUUUCAGAACUUAUAUUGGCACUGGUGAUUUUGAAGGUCCAGAACAAGAAGUUGAUAAGAAUAGAACUAUAGGGAAUCUGAAAUAUGUAGCUCCUGAAGUGAUAUCAGACCGAAAGUUUACUAUGGCUAGUGAUUUAUGGUCUUUGGGUUGUACAUUGUAUGAAAUGUAUAUUGGUCAUCCACCAUAUAACGAUAAAGACAAUAAUAAACUAAAGAAAAGAAUAUUAAAUGACCCUGUUCCUGAACUAAAACUAACAGGCUCUAGAUUUGGACGGAGUGGUGGAAAAGCUUCACAAGAAUUUUCAGAUUUAGUGUGCUCUCUUCUAAAGAAGAAGCCUGAAGAAAGAAUUGAUUGGACUACUCUAGUUCGUCAUCCAUUCUGGCAGGGACAAUUAGAAAAUCUCUACGAGUUAAUGCAAACAUCUUCAUUUUCUGGCGGCAACACUUGCGAGGCAGCAGAUAGCACGCUGACUGAAAAGGAGGCCGACAUACUUCGAGUAUGUCAUAGUCGAGCAGACACUAUAACAACUGCUCGAAGUGAUACAGAACUUCCCCAAUUCGGUUCCGUAUUUGGCAAUGUUAAAACCGUUGAUCCUGGAAGGAGUUUAGAUGCUUUAACAGAUCGUAAUGUUAAUGCAAGCACCCUAAGGUCAACUUCAACUUUAACUGAACGACCUCCAACUGCUCCAUCAUCUGGAGAUCCAAAAGUGGCAACUCGCCCAAGGACUGUCACACCAAUGCCAACAAUUAAUGAUGAUGAUACUCCUGAAUUAAUUCUAACAGAGAGUCCAUUAGAUGUGCAAGAUUCUCUUAAGAAAAUGACAAGUAUGGACAUAACCGAUAUUAACAACGUUCACAAAUUGUUGUAUCAUCUAAGUGAUUCAACUGUUACUCCUUGUAUAGACAACUUAAAGAUAUCAAAACCCUUAUCCAAAAAUUUUGACUCUAAAGUUCUUCCCGUACCACCACAUUCUUCAGAGAAACUGAUACAAUUAUCACCGGAUAGCAGAAAACAACACCUCUUAGCGUUGGUUGAUAGUAUUUCGUUUGUAGAAAAAGGACCGGCAUCACAAAAAAAGCUACACCUUUUCAACUAUGUUGCUACAUUGGCAACGAAUUCUGAUAUUGCAUCCUUUUUACUGUCCCAAGGAAUUGGUCAAGUUCUAGCAAAACAAAUUAAAGAGUCGCAUCAAUUAGAUUUUAAGGCGAGAGCAGGUCGUUGUCUGGGGUUAAUAUGCCAUUAUUCCUCAGAAUUAAAUGAGUCACUGAGAAUGUGUGAUAUUAUUUCCAAUUUAACUGAAGUUAUUCGGGACAACUUCAGGAAUUCAAAAAUAAAAUGUGCUGUUUUACCUGCCCUUGGGGAAGUUUUGUAUAUAAUAAGCAGUCAGGAGGAUAAAAGGAAUUGUAGCGUCUCUAACUGGAAUGUAUCUGCACUUACAUAUACGCUAAUCAUACGAUGUCUAAGAGAAGAAGAAGACGCUUUGGGAAGUCAUUACGCUGCGAAAAUUGUUGAAAAUAUAGCUACUACGAAUGGUAUUCACGCAAAGAAAUUAGCAACAUCUGAUGUUGGUUUAAAGCUUUGGUAUGUUUACACACAUGCCACUGGUGAUUCUUUGAAAACGACUGCUAUAUCGGCUCUCAGUCGCCUUGUCAGACAUCAAGCAACAGUGUUUAACAGCGUCUUAGAAAAAGCGGGCAUCUCUAAUGUGCUUUCAGCUUUAGCUCAGCCAAUUCCUAGAAUUCAGCAAUCAGUCAUCACAAUGAUUGCGGUCUCACUGUGUAAUGAUUCAUCUCGUCAAAUUCGAAUGGUCCAGGAAAAAGAUUUCAUGUUGAAUGUCAUGAAAUUACUGGAGUCUCCAUCACCUGUUAUGCGUGGGAAAGCAUUCCUUGUUAUUUUGCAAAUGGUUUCAAUCCAGAAUGACCUUCUUGUUAUAUCCUGUCAACAACGGUUAGUGAUGUAUCUUGAACGUGAUUAUAGACGCAGUCAAAGAUCAAAUAGAGAAUUAAGCACUCAAACUGAAGAAAAUAUUAUGUCCGCAAGAGAUGAUCAUUUGCAUACUGGUUAUCUUAACCUGUGUUUGGAAUGUUUAGUUCACUUUUUGGCGGAGUUAAUUCCCAAUCUAUUCUCUGAAAUACUUUCUUCAAUGGAUGUUGUAAGCGGUAGAAAACAUCCAUCAACCACUCAAACCAAACAGUUAAAGCAUCAUUUACCAUCAAUAUCAGCCAUUCACUUCCUCAUAUCUAGCCAAGUCUUUCGUACAAAAGUUGUUUGCUCUAAUUUUAUUAAAAACGUCGGCAACCUUCUUCGACAUGUUAAAUCCAUUGAUUGUGGUACUACCAAAAUUAUAAAUGCAGUUGGACAGCAGGGGUCUGAUCAUUUCGUCCUGACAACCUUCAAAAUAACAGAAAUUCUUGUGUCUCAUCCGUCCAUUAUUUCUUCUUUCUACUUACAAUUUAUUGAUAAUAUUGUCCCUCAUUUGGUUGAACUUGUCGGAGCAUCGUGUGGAGACAACCAGGCGUUUUCAUUACGUCUCUUGUCUGAAAUAACGGGUGUCUUAAUGAACAACUCUUAUUUUGAUACAAUCAAAUAUAAAAGUGAUUUAGAUAGAAUCUACAAUAUGGUUGAAAAAGACCUGUUCCCUGUCUAUGAGCAACUCUUGCUGGAACAAGAUCCUCUGCCGUCACACGCUUUAAAGUUACUCAUUUCUUUACUGGAACGAAAUUCGGCUUUUUCUAAACGAUUUAUCAAAUCUAAUUUAUCAAGUCAAAUUUUCUUUCAAGUGAUAUCCGAUCAUAAACAUAGUCCUCUUAGCUCGGCCGUUCAGAAUGCUGUUACUGUCUUGUAUUUUCUUAUUUCCCAAAGAGACUCUCCUAUAGAAGAACUUUAUGAUGGAGGAUUAAUAGAAUGUGUAGUGACUGUUUUAAAUGACGCUUUUGCUUUGGCAGAAAGCCGUGACUCAAAGGGUAUGCAAGGAAUGAUGGUUAUACAGAGUAUUGUAGACCUUGCACAUGCAAUUUUAAAACGAGUUAGUGAGGUCGUAAGAAAAGCCAUUGAAGCUAAAAAACUUGGUGCUGAGAACGCCGAUAGAGAUGGAGAGGCAGCUGAGAGGUUAUUGUUAAACACAAAAAACAUAACCGAUAUAACCUGUGUAUUAACGAAAUUACUUGUAAUUGACGAUCAAGAAAUCGCUGAUAUAGCUCUUAAGACACUCUCCCUCUUAGUUCAGCUAUUUGCUGGUGAACAUCCUGAAUCUUUAAGUGUGCCGAACAUGGAAUGCUAUGCUAUGGCUUUAAUCAGGAGCGAUAUUAAGAAGAAAAAAGUGUUAUUGCGUAUAAUUAAAAGGUUGUUAAUUACCGAUAGAAAUCAUUUAGAUUCAAUACGACGUCAUGGUAGAAACUUGACAGAUGUUAUUUAUAGCCUUUGUGACGUUGCAAGUUCUCAAGCAGAGAUUGCCCUGAAAUCUCUGGCCUGUGACAUCUUAGAAAUAACAGGGGAAUCACAAGCAUAA